AUGGCCUCGAGGCAGCCUGCAUGGGAGCAGCCCAAGAAGCCGCCGGGCGUUGAGCUGCCACCGCUACAGAUUUACAAUUCGCUGACCAGGAGGAAGAAUGAUUUUGUUCCGCUUGACCCGGAAGGAAAGAAUGUCACUUGGUAUGCGUGCGGCCCAACGGUAUACGAUAUUGCACAUCUUGGCCACGCCCGGAAUUAUGUUUCGACCGAUAUUAUUAGGCGCAUUUUGAGGGAUUACUUUGCCUUCAAUGUCAAAUUUGUAAUGAACAUUACCGACGUAGAUGACAAAAUCAUAACCCGUGCUAGGCAGCGCUACUUACUCGCUCAAUUCAAAUCGAAACAUUCCAUAUUUGACGACGCCACAUUUCAGGAGACCCAUGCUGCGUGGAAGGCUUAUGUUAUCAAGAAUCUGGGCCUUGUGCCGGCGCAAACCACGACUCACGAUUUCAAAACAGCCUCUGAGCUUGCGUACAAAAAUGUGAUCGAGGGGAAAUCCCUUGAUGGCACAGCCGCCCCUAGCGAAACGGAGGCUAAGAUCAAAAUGCACCUACGCACUGCUCAAGCUGCUGCUGACGGGCUCGAAGCAUUCAGCGCUUCCAAGUCCACACCACAAGAUGGACUGUAUACAAAGGUCGACGAUGUCUUACUCUCAUAUUUAGACGAUCUCUACGGCUCUCAAAUUGACGCCACGGAUCACAGCAAGUAA